AUGACAGUCACAGCGGUGAUCCACAGGGUGUCCCAUCUGGUCCCAUGCCCAACCCCAGACACAGAGAACCGCAUCCAACGGCAGUGUGUGAUUGGGUAAUUAUUCACUGUGAAUUAUACUUUACACCAAUGGGAAGUGAGAACGGAGCGUGGAUGGACAAUUAUCAGGGCUGGGAUUGAAUGAGAACCCCCAUAGGUUGUUGUCAGUCGCCUGGAGACCCUCCCUCUCUUCCACACACACACACACACACACACACACACACACACACACACAAAGUCACACACAUACACACACUUCUCUCAACUAAUUUACCAAUAACAAAACCAACAGUAUAUUUCAAAUUACCAACCUAAACUAUCAAAACUAAGUUUGGUUCAGUGGCAGUGAGGCAUACAGUAUUCCGUCCUCAACAGUAUUCCAUUCACAACAGUAUUCCUUCCUGAACAGUAUUCCAUUCUCAACAGUAUUCCUUCCUGAACAGUAUUCCAUUCUCAACAGUAUUCCUUCCUGAACAGUAUUCCAUUCUCAACAGUAUUCCGUCCUGAACAGUAUUCCAUUCUCAACAGUAUUCCUUCCUGAACAGUAUUCCAUUCUCAACAGUAUUCCGUCCUGAACAGUAUUCCAUUCUCAACAGUAUUCCGUCCUGAACAGUAUUCCAUUCUCAACAGUAUUCCUUCCUGAACAGUAUUCCAUUCUCAACAGUAUUCCGUCCUGAACAGUAUUCCAUUCUCAACAGUAUUCCUUCCUGAACAGUUUUCCAUUCUCAACAGUAUUCCUUCCUGAACAGUAUUCCAUUCUCAACAGUAUUCCUUCCUGAACAGUAUUCAAUUCUCAACAGUAUUCCUUCCUGAACAGUAUUCCAUUCUCAACAGUAUUCCUUCCUGAACAGUAUUCCAUUCUCAACAGUAUUCCGUCCUGAACAGUAUUCCAUUCUCAACAGUAUUCCGUCCUCAACAGUAUUCCAUCCUCAACUGUAUUCCUUCCUGAACAGUAUUCCAUCCUCAACAGUAUUCCUUUCUGAACAGUAUUCCAUUCUCAACAGUAUUCCUUCCUGAACAGUAUUCCAUUCUCAACAGUAUUCCUUCCUGAACAGUAUUCAAUUCUCAACAGUAUUCCUUCCUGAACAGUAUUCCAUUCUCAACAGUAUUCCUUCCUGAACAGUAUUCCAUUCUCAACAGUAUUCCGUCCUGAACAGUAUUCCAUUCUCAACAGUAUUCCGUCCUCAACAGUAUUCCAUCCUCAACUGUAUUCCUUCCUGAACAGUAUUCCAUCCUCAACAGUAUUCCUUCCUGAACAGUAUUCCAUUCUCAACAGUAUUCCUUCCUGAACAGUAUUCCAUUCUCAACAGUAUUCCUUCCUGAGCAGUAUUCCAUUCUCAAAAGUAUUCCGUCCUGAACAGUAUUCCGUCCUGAACAGUAUUCCGUCCUGAACAGUAUUCCAUCCUCAACAGUAUUCCGUCCUGAACAGUAUUCCAUCCUCAACAGUAUUCCUUCCUGAACAGUAUUCCAUCCUCAACAGUAUUCCUUCCUGAACAGUAUUCCAUUCUCAACAGUAUUCCUUCCUGAACAGUAUUCCAUUCUCAACAGUAUUCCUUCCUGAACAGUAUUCCAUUCUCAAAAGUAUUCCGUCCUGAACAGUAUUCCAUUCUCAACAGUAUUCCUUCCUGAACAGUAUUCCAUCCUCAACAGUAUUCCAUCCUCAACAGUAUUCCAUCCUCAACAGUAUUCCAUCCUGUUUUCAUAGCUACAAGGGUUGCUUCAAUCUGUUUUACUACAAAGAGCUUGUUGAAUAUUUUACCAAACUCAUGAAAUAGCAAUGAGGCGGUGAAUGGGGGUGUUCCUUUUUAGUGUGUGUUUGUGUGUGUGUGUGUGUGUGUGUGUUUUGUACUGCUUUAGAAAACAGCCGCUCCUCCUCUGGCUCCAGCCCGGUCCCCCAUCAAUCAUAGCCUGGCACAGCGGGCACAGAUGUGCCCAACACCCAGCUGAUUGAUUCAUAUCAAUUUAACGUUCAGCACUUAGCAUCUCGCCUCAAUUUACCGUGCCAGCAGUCCCCCGCCCCCCAAUAACCCGCUACACAUUCCCCCCUGACGCCUCACAAACACACACACACACCUGCGGCCCUCACACCCACCUCAGGUAGCCUGAAGCCUGAUACAGUGGUUACAGAGCUGAAGACAGAGGGAAGAGAGUAAUCUGCCCCCCUGGAGAGGAAGGAGGAAAGAGAGGGGUAGGGACUUGACAGUGGCAUAAGAUGGGAUUUGAGACCUCAAUCCACCCCACUGUCACACAGAGAUAGAGACAUACACACACACCCUGCCAGGCCCAAAGGUCCCCAGGGGCCACCCUAAAGACCCUGUUCACUGCUGCUGGUCUUUAGAACAUACCACUUAGAGACGAAAGUCGCUGUAGUGCUCUGGGGCAUUGUUGUCCCGCGCUGCCCUUUGAAGCCAGGUGAGAGAGGUCUGACACUGAUCUAGAGUCCCACGAGACCUCUCACAGACUCAAAAUAGACAUACACACACACUGCCGGGAAGGAAAUAACUGCUAAUUAGGAAGACUGUAGAGGAAGAGAGGAGGAAGAGCACCACUCCUUAGUGUCAAAGGAAUGAGGGAACUGAGAUGGGAAGGGGGGAGAGAAGAGAGGGCAGACAGGGGAGGAUGGCUGGAGUGCUUUACAUAUUAGACAUCUUUUGAUACAUUGAUUAGGACUGUGACUGAGACCCUUACAGUAUGGCGACUGCAGGAAAGAGACAAUUAUGAUUCCUUAUAAGAGGAGCUAAGGAGAGCCACGUCUCUCUCUCUCUCUCUCUCUCUCUCUGUCUCUCUCUCUCACACAUCUAUUCAGAGAGAGGGAUGACAUGAAAGAGAGAGCGAGAGGAAGAGAGAGAGACAGAGAGAUGAUAUGCGAGUGAGAAAGAGUGAUAUGAUAAGAGAGAGAGGGAUGAUAUGAAAGAGAGAGAGAGGGGGAGCUGGGCUGACAGCUGCCCCUCCACUGUCUGGACUUAAUGAAAUAUUAAAGAGGUGCAUGGCUCCUUUCAUCUUUGGUAUUUUAUUAGGAUCCAUCUAGUCUAGUGAAAGGGAGCUGCUCCUGCACUCCAGAGGCCAAACAGACACGUAUCAACAUCGACGGCCAGCAGACAGACACAGACCUGCAGGCAAAUUAGAGCAGAGGUGUGUGUGUGUGUGUGUGUUACUAUUGUAUUUCCAAACUGAACAGGACAAGGGAAAAGAGCACAGAACCUGGAACAUUUACAAGUGUCUAAUUUAUCUAUUUUUCUCUCUCUCUUUCCCACUCUAGACUCAUCCUUCCGGUACACAGGUAGUCCAGACAGUCUGCGUUCCCGUGCCCCUAUGAUAACCCCUGACCUGGAGAGUGGGGUCAAGGUGUGGCACCUGGUCAAGAACCACGAGCAUGGAGACCAGAAGGAGGGAGACCGCGGCAGCAAGAUGGUCUCUGAGAUAUACCUGACCAGGCUGCUGGCCACCAAGGUAACACCCGGCUUAAAUACAUUUUACAUUUUAGUCAUUUAGCAGACGCUCUUAUCCAGAGCGACUUACAGUUAGUGAAUACAUAUUUUUUUAUACUGGCCCCCCGUGGGAAUCGAACCCACAACCCUGGCAUUGCAAACGCCAUGCUCUAUCAACUGAGCUACAUCCCUGCCGGCCAUUCCCUCCCCUACCCUGGACGACGCUGGGCCAAUUGUGCGCCGCCCAUGAGUCUCCCGGUCGCGGCCGGCUGCGACAGAGCCUGGAUUCGAACCAGGAUCUCUAGUGGCACAGUUAGCACUGCGAUGCAGUGCCUUAGACCACUGCGCCACUCAGGAGUACAUAGUAAAUACUUCUUUAUAUACCAACAUACUGCAUUGUCUCUCCAUAUUUCAAUUAUACUACAGUAGUUUACUUUCAGUUCCUGUUGGUAUGUUUACAUACAUUUUACAAAGUGUGGCUAGUGACAGACUUUUGUUUCCCUAGGUUCUUUCCUAUUCAUUGAGGAAAUCAGUUGUUCAGUGAGUUCAUGUAUGUCUGAACUAGUGUGUCCAUUGUUUUUACCCAGGGUACCCUGCAGAAGUUUGUGGACGACCUGUUUGAGACGUUGUUCAGUACCGUCCACCGAGGUAGCGCCCUGCCCCUCGCCAUCAAAUACAUGUUUGACUUCCUGGACGAGCAGGCAGACAAACACGGCAUCCACGACCAAGAUGUCCGCCACACAUGGAAGAGCAACUGGUGAGCAACCUGAAAGAUGUAGAAUAGGAAUGAUAGGAUGGAUCUAUAAUAUGAUGUAUAAUAUAGGAUGCAAUGUGUAUCAUUGUGUAUCACUUAGUUCUACAAAAGAGACAUGACUCUAAACUUUAUCAUAGGACGAUACACUGAGUCAUCGGUUAGAAACAUUCUAAAAUAUAACAGUACUGGAUUCUGCCUGUCUGGAGUUAUGAGCCUUAAGCUCCUCACUUGAGUGACCCAGAAAGAGGAGAGAAAUACAGUACUGAUAGUUGGUGGAUUCUGGCUCCCAGAGUGUGAAGAAAAAUAUUGAGAGUGGAUUCUGACUGACUCAUUCCUUUGCCCUCUCUCUCCCCCCCCUCUUUACCUCCCUCUCUCUCUCUCCCCCGCUCUCUCUCCCCCUCUUUACCUCCCUCUCCUCUCUCUCCCUCUUUACCUCCCUCUCUCUCUCCCCCUCUCUCUCCCCCGCUCUCUCUCCCCCUCUUUACCUCCCUCUCUCUCUCCCCCUCUUUACCUCCCUCUCUCUCCCCCUCUUUACCUCCCUCUCUCUCCCCCUCUUUACCUCCCUCUCUCUCCCCUGCUCUCCCCCUCUUUACCUCCCUCUCUCUCUCCCCCUCUCUCUCCCCCUCUUUACAUCCCUCUCUCUCUCCCCCUCUUUACCUCCCUCUCUCUCUCUCUCUCCCCCUUUUUCCCCCCCCCCCGCUCUCUCUCAGUCUUCCACUGCGGUUCUGGGUGAACGUGAUCAAGAACCCCCAGUUUGUGUUUGACAUACACAAGAGCAGCAUCACGGAUGCCUGUCUGUCUGUGGUGGCCCAGACCUUCAUGGACUCCUGCUCCACGUCAGAGCACCGCCUGGGCAAGGACUCGCCCUCCAACAAGCUGCUCUACGCUAAAGACAUCCCCAACUACAAGAGCUGGGUAGAAAGGUAAGAGUGAGACACCAAUAUACAUUUUCAACAGUGAAGAGGCGACUCCAGGAUGCUGACCUUCUAGGCAGAGUUGCAAAGAAAAAGCCAUAUCUCAGACUGGCCAAUAAAAAUAAAAGAUUAAGAUGGGCAGUCUGAGAUAUGGCUUUUUCUUUGCAACUCUGCCUAGAAGGUCAGCAUCCCGGAGUCGCCUCUUCACUGUUGACGUUGAGACUGGUGUUUUGCUGGUACUAUUUAAUGAAGCUGCCAGUUGAGGACCUGUGAGGCGUCUGUUUCUCAAACUAGACACUCUAAUGUAUUUGUCCUCUUGCUCAGUUGUGCACCGGGGCAUCCUACUCCUCUUUCUAUUCUAGUUAGAGCCAGUUUGCGCUGUUCUGUGAAGGGAGUAGUAUACAGCGUUGUACGAGAUCUUCAGUUUCUUGGCAAUUUCUCGCAUGGAAUAGCCUUCAUUUCUCAGAACAAUAAUAGACUGACGAGUUUCAGAAGAAAGUUAUUUGUUUCUGGCCAUUUUGAGCCUGUAAUUGAACCCACAAUUGCUGAUGCUCCAGAUACUCAACUAGUCUCAAGAAGGCCAGUUUUAUUGCUUCUUUAAUCAGCACAACAGUUUUCAGUUGUGCUAACAUAAUUGCAAAAGGGUUUUCUAAUGAUCAAUUAGCCUUUUAAAAUGAUCAACUUGGAUUAGCAAACACAAUGUGCCAUUGGAACACAGGACUGAUGGUUGCUGAUAAUGGGCCUCUGUACGCCUAUGUAGAUAUUCCAUUAAAAAUCAGCCGUUUCCAGCUACAAUAGCCAUUUACAACAUUAACAAUGUCUACACUGUAUUUCUGAUCAAUUUGAUGUUAUUUUAAUGGACAACAAAAUUGCUUUUCUUUAGAAAACAAGGACAUUUCUAAGUGACCCCAAACUUUUGAACGGUAGUGUACAUUUUUCAAACAUUUUCCAUCCUGAAAAUUAGGAAUAAGCAAUGGCUUUGAAUUCUGGUCAAACAGAUGGAAAAGGGGUCUUAGAAAUCAUCUACCAGAAAAAGUCUUAAAAGGUAUUAGAAAUACAUCAAAACACAAUAAUGUUGAACUGAAGACCCCUGCCAACUAAUAUCAACACUUAUAUGUAGUUUCUGAGAAAAUUUUCUGCCUUCUUUUAAGUUUAAGAAACAUUGCUUUGUGCCUUGAAAUUCUGCUACCUAAAACCCACAUAUCUUUAAGAUAUUUUCUAAUUUGUCUCCCUCAUGAGGAGGGAGGAUAAUGAAAGUUCACAAAAGUAACAAGUAAAGGUAGACCUAUCAAUUAGCUAUAGUGUUUUUACUGAUAUCAAUUAUUUAGUGAUCGAAUUUCUGAAAAAUUGGUAACGGAAUUUAUGCAAUUGAAUUGGAUACAAUUGGAAAUCAUAGUAGUCACAAAUCACAGUUGGGUUCACAAGUUUGGACAGCACAGCACAGUAUAGUACAGCACAAUAGAGUACAGUAAAGAAAAGUAUAGUUCAGUACUGUGCAGUUAGGUAGAGUUCAGUACAGUACACAGUAGAUCACACUAUAAUGUACUGUAUUGUACUGUACUAUACUCUACUACUGAACUGUACUGUGCUCUACUGUACUCUAUUGUACUGAACUCUACUUUACUGUGCUGUACUUUGAUGUCCAAACUUGUGAAACAUAGACGUCUGUAAUUGGUUCAGAUUUGGUCCGAUCCUGACCAACCAAAUUUGGUCUUGUUUGGGGGCAGAGCUCAUUAAAAUAAUAGCAAGUGUGUAGAAUAAUACCCAAAUAUGCAAAGGAGGAUAUGGCAUAUCUAUCUAUACCUUUGUGUACCUACAGUAUUUAGGAUACAUCAUCAUGAAGAAAAUCCAUAAUUGCAUUUCUGUGUACAGAUCAGGGACCCAUGUUGAAAUUCCUUUACCACAAUUCUGUUACCGGGUGUAAAUCCACUUCACUUACUGUAGUUCAAUAACCAAAAUAGAUGUUUUCAAAGUCAAUGUGUCAUGUCAUAGAUGACACCACAUUCUUUCUGCAGACAUCGAUGAAUCAUAAUUCGGAGCAGGUAUUUAAGAGUUUUUCGAAAAAACGUGGACACAUAGAAAACUGAGGGAGAUUUUACAAAAAUUAUGUUACUAAACUUAGCAUUUUGCACAGUUCUUCCAGUAAAUGUGUUUUUGUAAAAUGUUGUGUAAAUUGUUAAAAGUAGUCCUUGUGCAUAGAGUUUUAUAUUAUUAAAAAAUUGAAAUCAAUGGUUUUUGUUUGGCAUACAUUGUAAUUAAAACAUCUGAGUCUCAGCACAAUUCUGUUAUUGUGGAAUUGCCCACAUACAAUUCUAUAUCCUUGUUUUCUUACCCCUCACACAAACUGUUCUGGUCCUGGAUACACUUGCCGUAUAUUAAGUAUUACAUAUGUACUCGUAAAAUGUGACUAAUAUGUAGAAAAUGAGCCUCAACUUUCCAGUAAAGCAUUUUGGUAUAGAAUGUGUGGUCUCUGUGCAUGUUGAUACUGAGUGUCGCCCCCUGUAUGUGCCUCCAGGUACUAUGCCGACAUUAACCGUCUGCCAGCCAUCAGUGACCAGGACAUGAAUGCCUACCUGGCAGAGCAGGCCAGGCUCCACUCCACAGAGUUUAACAUGCUCAGUGCUCUUAACGAGAUCUACUCCUAUGUCUCCAAAUACAGCGAGGAGGUGAGUCCUUACACACACAUACAUUGGGGGAAAAAAGUAUUUAGUCAGCCUUAGACCACUGCGCCUGCUCUAGAGGAGAUCUGCAUGGAGGAAUGGGCCAAAAUACCAGCAAAAGUGUGUGAAAACCUUGUUAAGACUUACAGAAAACGUUUGACCUGUGUCAUUGCCAACAAAGGGUAUAUAACAAAGUAUUGAGAAACGUUUGUUAUUGACCAAAUACUUAUUUUCCACCAUAAUUUGCAAAUAAAUUCAUAAAAAAUCCUACAAUGUGAUUUUCUGGAUUAUUUUUUCUCAAUUUGUCUGUCAUAGUUGACGUGUACCUAUGAUGAAAAUUACAGGCCACUCUCAUCUUUUUAAGUGGGAGAACUUGCACAAUUGGUAGCUGACUAAAUACUUUUUUCCCCCACUGUAUAGACACACACACACACACACACACACACACACACACACACACACACACUGCAGUGAUAGGCAUUCUAAUAACAGGCUUCACUCAAGGCUAGUUAAAGGUCAUUCCUAACUCAUUUAGAGUGUUUCUACAACUUUCAGAAAGGCCAAGAGUUUCUCUGAUCUGAUGGUAUUCUUCAAAAUAACCAUACACCCCACUCCACCACAUCACAUAACCCACCCGAAGUGCCAUAUGUCCCGGGCCAGUGAGAGCUGUAGCAGACCUGACUGUGGGUGUAUGAUAUGUGGGGGAGAGACAGGAACAGCGGCUGUACAAGCAGCUCAGCAUGCCGCUCCAUCCCCUGAGUGGUGUGAAGGAACACAGUCCUGUUCUCUCCCUCUCUCUCUCUCUCUCUCUCUCUCUCUCUGUGGCUCUCUGGAGCAGAAUCAAGACGUGGCAGACCAUUUGUCUCAGAUCACAGGGAGAGUGGAGAAGGGGGUUGAGGGAAAGAGAGAGAGAGAGAGGGGGGAGAGAGAUGGAGAGACAGAAAGAGAGUUAGCGGCAGAGACAGACAGAGAAUGAGGGAGGGCAAAGUGAGAGAGAAAGGGAGGAAAAGAGAGAGGGAGAAAGAUUAAGGGAGGAGGAGAGAAAGAGAGAGAAGGAUUAAGGGAGGAGGAGAGAGAGAGAAAAAGAGAGAGAAAGAUUAAGGGAGGAGGAGAGAGAGAGAAAAAGAGAGAGAAAGAUUAAGGGAGGAGGAGAGAGGGAGAAAGAGAGAGAAGGAUGGGAUAGUGCGACAAAGAAGAGACGGAGAGAGGUGAAACAAGGUGGAGAAAGAGAAGGAGAGAGAAGACAGAAAGAGAAAGGGUUCUGUAAUGGAGACGUUCCGGCUGUAAUGUCAGCAGCUCCUCUGGGAGCCAUUAGUCUGACCUUUAUAUUAGACCACAUUUACAAGACUUAGGAGCCCACUCUAUUCUCUCUCUCUCGCUUUCUUUUCUUUUUUAUCUAUCCCUCUUCCACUCGCUCUGUUUCUCUCUUCUAUCUCUUCUUUCCUUCCUGCCCUAAGAGCUUGACGCUGCUGUAGCUAGAACUAGCACUCACUUCUAACCCUCUCUCUCAACCUCUCAGAGACCACCUCUUUAACUCUCUCUCUCAACCUCUCAGAGACCACCUCUUUAACUCUCUCUCUCAACCUCUCAGAGACCACCUCUUUAACUGCCACUCUCUAUCCUGCACUUUCUUCUCGCUUUGUAUCUUCUUUUACCUCAUGCUCCUUCCCCACUCUAGCUUUCUUUCGUUCUCACACACACACUCAUGCCCUCUCUCUGUCUCUCCUCUCCCUGUCUCUUGAGUGCUUAGGCCCUUAUCUGUAGCUGUCAGGGUUGUUUGUUCCUUGCCUGGCUCCUUGUGCGGCCCCUCUAUGAACGGGCUAGCGCAAUACUAAAUGGAUUAGGGAGGGAGGGAGGGAGCUGCACCUGCAUACAGCACAGCAUAUUAAUAACUGAGUGGUAUGAGGAGGAGGAGAGGCUCCGCUGGGCUCUGCUCUGCCAGCCUCUAAGAGUACUUAGGCAGAUGAGAGCGAGACAACAGGCAGGGAGUCUACUAUGGGACAGAUUGCUGGAGCUACAGUGGCUUGCGAAAGUAUUCACCCCACUUGGCAUUUUUCCUAUUUUGUUGCCUUACAACCUGGAAUUAAAAAAUGUUGGGGGUUUGAAUCAUUUGAUUUACACAACAUGCCUACCACUUUGAAGAUAUAAACAAACAAGACAAAAAAACAGAACACUUGAGCGUGCAUAACUAUUCACUAACUAAUUUCCCUAUAUUUAGCGCCAUCCAUCAUUCCUUCAAUUCUGACCAGUUUCCCAGUCCCUGCCGAUGAAAAACUUCCCCACAGCAUGAUGCUGCCACCACCAUGCUUCACUGUGGGGAUGGUGUUCUCAGGGUGAUGAGAGGUGUUGGGUUUGCGCCAGACAUAGCGUUUUCCUUGAUGGCCAAAAAGCUCAAUUUAAGACUCAUCUGACCAGAGUACCUUCUUCCAUAUGUUUGGGGAGUCUCCCACUUGCCUUUUGGAGAACACCAAACGUGUUUGCUUAUUUUUUUUCUUUAAGCAAUGGCUUUUCUCUGGCCACUCUUCCGUAAAGCCCAGCUCUGUGGAGUGUAUGGCUUAAAGUGGUCCUAUGGACAGAUACUCCAAUCUCCGCUGUGGAGCUUUGCAGCUCCUUCAGGGUUAUCUUUGGUCUCUUUGUUGCCUCUGAUUAAUGCCCUCAUUGCCUGGUUCGUGAGUUUUGGUGGGCGGCCCUCUCUUGGCAGGUUUGUUGUGGUGCCAUAUUCUUUCCAUUUUUUUAUAAUGGAUUCAAUGGUGCUCCGUGUGAUGUUCAACGUUUCGGAUAUUUUUUUAUAACCCAACCCUGAUCUGUACUUCUCCACAACUUUGUCCCUGACUCGUUUGGAGAGCUCCUUGGUCUUCAUGGUGCUGCUUUCUUGGUAGUGCCCCUUGCUUAGUGGUGUUGCAGACUGGGGCCUUUCAGAACAGAUGUAUAUAUACUGAUAUCAUGUGACAAAUCAUGUGACACUUAGAUUGCACACAGGUGGACUUUAUUUAACUAAUUAUGUGACUUCUGAAGAUAAUUGGUUGCACCAGAUCUUAUUUAGGGGCUUCAUAGCAAAGGGGGUGAAUACAUAUGCACGCACCACUUUUCCGUUAUUAUUUUUUUUGAAUUUUUGAAACAAAGUAUUUUUUUCAUUUCACUUCACCAAUUUUGACUAUUUUGUGUAUGUCCAUUACAUGAAAUCCAAAUAAAAAUAAAUUUAAAUUACAGGUUGUAAUGCAACAAAAUAGGAAAAAAUGCCAAGGGGGAUGAAUACUUUUGCAAGGCACUGUAUGUACAGACUGCCAACAGACCCUAAGAGGAACUUCAGUAAUGUCCCCACAGUGUGUUUAGCACAAUGCCUAGUUAUGGCAACAGUUUAUUGGCAGCCCUUAUUCUUCUUCAAUGAACCACUGUUCACAUACAAUACAUUUCUGUCAUAUAGAAAAGGUAGAGAUUUGCUGCAUUAGCAUUGAUCCAUACCUUUGAUCGAUGUCACUGUGUGGCAUGUGGCCCAUACCUGUGAUCUUAUUGGGUAUUAUUUAUCCUGUUUGAUACAAGCACAUGAAAAAGCGCCGCCAGCCACCGCGGUGUCACGCUGAUGUACAUACAGCGUGUCGUGACUCUGUGUGACACUGCAGACAGCAGAGAGGAGACCUUGUCGGAUUCCCCUUUGAACAAGACUUGACAAAUGCCACGUUUACUGAGAGAAAAGCAUAAGUUGAAACCGAGAAAGGGCAUUAUACAAGUUGGAUUCCUCGGUUUUGUGCUACCAUCUCCAACAGAGACAAUGUUAUAUUCAUGAAAUAAAAAGCACACAUGAUCUCACCCAUCCAACAGACAGUGAAGUCUGGACCUGUUGCGUGCUGACUGGCACAGACCAGAGUCAUAUAUGAAUACUUUAUUAAAGUCAUUCCUUACCAUUCAGUCAACAUUGGCUAUGUUGUACAGAUGUAAUUCAGCAUUAUAUGAGCAUACUUUAAGCCACCAGCAAUUGUCUAUUUGUUCUAUUUGACAUUUUCUUGCAAAAGAUUUGCAUAUGAAGGGUCUUUGCAAUUGAUGGAGUCCCUGCAUGUGGCUUCCGGGUUAGACAACACUAAAUCAUGUUGUUGUUCUCUCUCUAACCCCUCCCAGAUCACCAUGGCCCUGGAGCAGGACGAGCAGGCUAGGAAACAGCGUCUGGCCUACAAGGUGGAGCAGCUCAUCUCAGCCAUGUCCCUGGAGAGUUGA